GUAAUUAACCCAAAGCAUAAAAUGCACUUUCCCGGCUUUUCCAUUGGAGCGAGUUUUCCAGGCCGCCAUAAUACCAGCGUCUGUCCUGUUCUAGCCUAGGCGAUAGCACGACUGAGCCCUAACUGCGUAACGUAAGGUGCACGUAAGGUUUUUGCGUAGCAUUCUUUGCUUUUGAUUCAGUAUGAGUCGCCCGAUGGAGGAGGAUGCCCCUACCAAGAACGAGGAAGAAGAAUUCAGCACUGGGCCUCUUUCUGUUCUGAUGAUGAGUGUUAAAAAUAACACACAGGUGCUUAUCAACUGCAGGAACAACAGAAAGCUUCUGGGUCGCGUGAGAGCAUUUGAUCGGCACUGCAAUAUGGUGUUGGAAAAUGUAAGAGAGAUGUGGACAGAGGUACCGAAGACUGGGAAAGGCAAGAAGAAAGCCCAACCAGUUAACAAAGAUCGGUUCAUCAGCAAGAUGUUUCUCCGGGGAGAUUCAGUGAUUAUUGUUCUUAGGAACCCUAAAUGAGAGGUACUCUGAGGUGUUGGACCAGAUUCUGAGCAGCUUAGUGGAGAGAUUCAGUUCCUUGUAGUCGACAAUUACGUGCCCUUAUCGUACUUCAAAUCAUGGUUAUUGUACUUAAAAAAUCAAUUGUUAUUGUAGGACUUGAUGAUCGGUUUCCUUCCUGCUUCUCUUCUGAUGAGUUCUUCUAAUGCAACAACUAAUGGAUGGUUUCAAUGAAACUUGACUUUCAUUUUC